AUGUGUAGUAAUUGUACUUUUAACUGAUUAAAGUAAUGAAGAUAAAUAUAUACAAAAUCCUAUGAAGUAUUGUUUUUUUUCAUAUCUAUCAGUUAAAAAUAACUGAUUCAAAGACAAUGUGUCUAUUUUUAGUUUUUAAAUUGGUAUAUACAAAAUAAUGUUUUAUGAUGCUAUCAACUACCAGGAUUACUCUGAAUUUUACCUAUGACCUAUUUAUCCUGAAUCUUUUAUUAUUUUUUGACUGUUCAUUAAAGUUCACUGCUGAGCUUUAAGUGUUGCGGUAGCGAAAUAUAGGGGAAAUUUUUAACUUCCCAUUUAAGGAUAUAUAAACUGUGGAUCUUUAAAGAGACGCUUAUUUUCAUACAGCGCACAAGUAAAGCCAUGGCAGGAGUUUGGUCAUCUUCCUUUGUGUGCAGUUUGUUCUUUUGUGCCGCUAGUUCUCAGCAAAUUUAUUUCAAUGACAAAAAUGAUUGCGUCCGUAAUGAUCAGACGACACAGACAUUUGAUGAAAAGGUUGAGUACUUAAAACAAGAAAACGCGAGACAAAUUGAGUCCUUCAGACAUGAGAUCGCGAAACAAAUUGAUUCCUUAAGACGUGAAAAUACGCAGAUUACCGCUAAUCAAAAGAACCUUCAAGAACAAUUAAAUGAGAUGGUUAACAUCCUAAAGAAAAAUGAAACCAACAUCCACGAAGAUUGGAAGAGCAAUAUACUGCAAACCAUCAAGUCAGAGUUAUAUAAUGAUUGUAAUGACCUCUAUAUCCAUGGUAAUACAGAAUCUGGUGGUUAUGAGAUAUAUCCAUUUGGUAUUGAAAACAAGGUCAGCGUCUUCUGUGACAUGGUGACAGAAGGUGGAGGGUGGACAGUAAGAUCUUUCUAUUUUUCUCUCCCCUCUCUCUCUCUCUCUCUCUGUCUCAUACAGAUUAUAGUGUACUGUGACAUGGUGACAGAAGGUGGAGCGUGGACAGUUAGAUCUCUCUAUCUUUCUCUCCCUCCCCUAUCUCUCUCUCUCUCUCUCUCUCUCUCUUUAUCGAUUGUUCUGCCCUUCCCUUUUUUCUCUUUUUAGCUCAACCACUAAUUCUAGCUACUCUUUUUAAAAUAGUUUAUUAAUCUUAAAUUUUAAAACUGUUAUAAAUAAUAAUAAAUCAAUUUGAUGAAGCCCACGGCAAAUGGCGCUGAAUGAAAUUUGACUAAUUUCUAUUCCAGCCUAAUUUACAUGAAGAUAAUAAAAAUCUGACAGUAUAUAUUUUAGGAAUGAAUCAUAUAGCAACCCAAAUUAUACUGUAUAACCUGGGUUGGGGAAGUUAACGCUUUAUAAAAAAGAGUUAACUGUUCAAACUCAGGUUAUAGCAAUAUAAUUUGGGUUUCUAUUUACUCCGUUCCUUAUAAUUUAAUUUUCAAUCAUUAAGAAUAUAAGAGAAAACAAUUUCCCUCUUUAAAAUGCCUUCAAAUUGUCCAUAUUUGGAACGUAACGUCAAGUGCAUUGAUACGAUAAUGACGGAAGUCAUUGUGACGUAAGCAAACCAGAUUAUACAAGUUAGAUUAAUUUUUUAUCCAAUCAAAUUUCGCGUUACACCCAAAUUAAAUUGUUAUUUUUUACUAGAUAGAAUAGCAUUUUCACAAUAUCAUAAAUUUGAAAAAAUUUUAACCUACUUUCCCACAUUAACGCAUUUUCUAUUUCUAUUUCUACUGCAAAAUCACGCAUAUACCCUUUCUCCGCAAUCAAGCAUGUUUACCAACUAUAAUGAAUUCAUUUAAACUUCAAUUUAUUGCCAAAUCCCAUCUAUUUUAUACUUGCUUAAAUAUCAUAAGAUAAGAAAAGUUGUUUUCUUAUUAAAAUAUUUUAAAGAUUUAUUUAGGCUUAACUUUAGAGAAAGUUUCACCACGCUAUAAGUGCUUGAGGGAAAUUGGUAACGUCAUAUUUCUAUGACGUGAACAUUUAGUGCAUGUUGCAGAAUAAUUCAAUAAGUUGUAAAG